GGGGGGAACUGAUUUGGUGUCACUGACAUCCCCAGUGACACCAAUACAGUGGUCAGUGCUAAAAAAAAGCACUGACACUGUACUAAUGGCACUGGGCAGGAAGGGGUUAACAUAGGGGCGAUCAAAGGGUUAACUGUGUGAUGGGAGUAUUUUACUGGGGUGGGGGGUUGGUGCUUCACUGUAAGCACACUGCACUGGAGGACUGUGCUGUGCACUGCCAUCCAGAGCGCACUGACACUGUACUAAUGGCACUGGGCAGGAAGGGGUUAACACGAGGGGCAAUCAAAGGGUUAACUGUGUGCAGGCAGUGUUUUACUAGGGAGCUGUGUCAG